AUGCCCAAGUCAAAGAGAGCAAAGGUCUACCACCUGACCCAGGUGUCCAAGAAGACGCGCGAGAACAAGGACAAGCUGUUUGCCAACAUUCGGGACGCGAUCCCCGAGUUUCAGUACUGCUGGGUGUUUAGCGUGGACAACAUGAGGAAUAAU